CCCGGCGGGCCGGGCCCGGCGGCACCAUGCAGGCGCAGCCGCUGCUCUACGAGUUCUUCAGCGAGGAGAACGCGCCCAAGUGGCGGGGGCUGCUGGUGCCCGCCCUCAAGAAGGUUCAGGUGCAAGUCCAUCCUAAACUUUCCUCUACUGAAGAUGCGUUACAGUACGUGGAGGAGUUAAUUCUCCAGUUGUUAAAUAUGCUGUGUCAAGCCCAGCCCAGAAGUUUUCUGGAUGUAGAGGAUCGUGUUCAAAAAAGUUUUCCCCAUCCUAUUGAUAAGUGGGCAAUAGCUGAUGCCCAGUCUGCUAUUGAGAAGAGGAAACGAAGAAAUCCGUUAUCUCUCCCAGUAGAAAAAAUCCACCCUUUAUUAAAGGAAGUACUAGGCUACAAAAUUGACCACCAAGUGUCUGUUUACAUAGUGGCAGUAUUAGAAUACAUUUCUGCAGACAUACUGAAAUUGGUUGGGAAUUAUGUACGAAAUAUAAGGCAUUAUGAGAUUACAAAACAAGAUAUUAAAGUGGCAAUGUGUGCUGAUAAGGUGUUAAUGGAUAUGUUCCAUCAAGACGUAGAAGAUUUAAGUGCACUAACUUUAUCUGAUGAGGAACCCUCCACCUCAGGGGAGCAAACCUAUUAUGACCUAGUGAAGUCAUUUAUGGCAGAGGUUCGCCAGUAUAUAAGGGAACUAAAUCUCAUUAUCAGAGUUUUUAGAGAGCCAUAUGCCUCCAACUCCAAACUGUUUUCAUCUCAUGAUGUGGAAAAUAUAUUUAGUCGUAUAUCGGACAUUCACGAACUCAGUGUGAAGUUAUUGGGUCAUAUAGAAGACACUGUUGAAAUGACAGAUGAAGGUAGUCCUCACCCAUUAGUAGGCAGCUGUUUUGAAGACAUGGCUGAGGAACUAGCAUUUGAUCCAUAUGAAUCAUAUGCACAAGAUAUUUUGCGACCUGGUUUUCAUGAUCAUUUUCUAAGCCAAUUAUCAAAGCCAGGAGCAGCAUUUUAUUUACAGUCAAUAGGUGAAGGCUUUAAAGAAGCUGUUCAGUAUGUUCUACCCCGGCUGCUCCUUGCCCCUGUUUACCACUGUCUUCAUUAUUUUGAACUGCUAAAACAACUAGAAGAAAAGAGUGAGGAUGAAGAAGAUAAAGAAUGCUUAAAGCAAGCAAUAACAGCUCUACUGAAUCUUCAAAGCAGUAUGGAACGGAUAUGCUCCAAAAGUCUUGCAAAACGAAGGCUUAGUGAAUCUGCAUGCCGAUUCUAUACUCAGCAGAUGAAGGGGAAACAGCUAGCAAUUAAGAAAAUGAAUGAAAUCCAGAAAAAUAUUGAUGGUUGGGAGGGUAAGGACAUCGGACAAUGCUGUAAUGAGUUCAUCAUGGAAGGAACGCUCACGCGCGUAGGAGCAAAGCAUGAGAGACACAUAUUUCUAUUUGAUGGCUUGAUGAUUUGCUGUAAGUCAAAUCACGGCCAGCCAAGACUUCCUGGUGCUAGCAAUGCAGAAUAUCGUCUAAAAGAGAAGUUCUUCAUGCGAAAGGUACAAAUCAAUGACAAAGACGACACUAAUGAGUACAGACAUGCUUUUGAAAUCAUCUUAAAAGAUGAGAACAGUGUUAUUUUUGCUGCUAAAUCAGCUGAAGAGAAAAACAACUGGAUGGCAGCAUUGAUAUCUUUGCAAUAUAGAAGCACGCUGGAAAGGAUGUUGGAUGUAACGAUGUUGCAGGAAGAAAAAGAAGAGCAGAUGAGAUUUCCAAAUCCUGAGCUCUAUAGGUUUGCAGAACCUGACUCUGAAGAGAACAUUGUGUUUGAAGAAAACAUGCAGCCCAAAUCCGGAAUCCCGAUCAUCAAGGCAGGAACCGUUGUCAAGCUUAUCGAGAGGCUGACUUACCACAUGUAUGCAGAUCCCAACUUUGUUCGGACUUUUCUCACAACAUAUAGAUCCUUCUGUAAACCUCAAGAGUUGCUGAGUCUACUAAUAGAAAGGUUUGAAAUUCCAGAGCCUGAGCCAACAGAAGCUGAUCGUAUUGCAAUGGAGAAUGGAGACCAGCCCCUUAGUGCUGAGUUAAAAAGAUUUCGGAAAGAGUACAUACAACCCGUGCAGCUACGAGUAUUAAAUGUAUGUCGACACUGGGUAGAACACCACUUCUAUGACUUUGAAAGAGAUGCUGAUCUUUUGCAACGUUUGGAGGAAUUCAUUGGAACAGUAAGAGGCAAAGCAAUGAAGAAAUGGGUUGAAUCAAUCACCAAGAUAAUCAACCGGAAAAAGCAGGCACAAGCCAUUGGGCCAAGUCACAACAUUACUUUUGAAAGCCCACCUCCAGCGAUCGAAUGGCACAUAAGCAAACCAGGACACACAGAGACUUUUGACUUGCUCACUUUGCAUCCAAUAGAAAUUGCUCGCCAGCUCACUUUACUUGAGUCAGAUUUUUACAGAGCUGUGCAGCCAUCUGAACUAGUUGGAAGUGUGUGGACAAAGGAAGAUAAAGAAAUUAAUUCUCCUAACCUUCUCAAAAUGAUAAGGCAUACAACUAACCUCACUUUGUGGUUUGAAAAAUGUAUUGUAGAAACAGAAAACCUAGAGGAAAGAGUAAUUGUAGUGAGCCGAAUAAUUGAGAUCCUGCAAGUUUUUCAAGAGCUAAACAACUUUAAUGGCGUCCUUGAGAUUGUCAGUGCAAUGAACUCUGCAGCAGUGUAUAGGUUGGAUCACACAUUUGAGCAAAUUCCAAGUCGUCAGAAGAAGAUUUUGGAAGAAGCUUAUGAACUGAGUGAGGAUCACUAUAAGAAAUACUUGGCAAAACUCAGGUCCAUUAAUCCUCCUUGUGUGCCUUUUUUUGGAAUUUACUUAACUAACAUUUUGAAAACAGAAGAAGGCAACCCUGAAUUUCUAAAGCGACAUGGGAAAGAACUUAUAAACUUCAGCAAGAGAAGAAAGGUAGCUGAAAUAACAGGAGAGAUACAGCAGUACCAGAACCAGCCAUACUGUUUAAGAGUAGAAUUUGACAUCAGGAGAUUUUUUGAAAACCUGAAUCCAAUGGGAAACAGCAUGGAGACAGAAUUUACAGAUUAUCUGUUCAACAAGUCCCUAGAGAUAGAGCCACGAAAUGUCAAGCCUCCACCAAGAUUUCCCAAAAAGUACAACUAUCCUCUCAAGUCCCCAGGUGUUCGCCCAUCUAAUCCAAGGCCAGGUACCAUGAGACAUCCUACGCCCCUGCAACAGGAGCCAAGAAAAAUUAGUUACAGUCGCAUCCCAGAGAGUGAGACUGAAACCACAGCAUCUGCACCAAACUCUCCACGAACACCUUUGACCCCACCCCCUGCUUCUGCUACUUCGAGUACAACCGAUGCCUGCAGUGUAUUUGACUCAGAUCCUUCCAGUCCUUUUCAUGCAAGAUCUGCUUCUGUGUCAUCCAUAAACUUUACCAAAAAUUCAGAUGAAGCUCAUGUUCCCCCUCCAGUUCCUCCUCGAAGAAGACCGGAGUCUGCCCCAGCUGAAUCCUCCCCAUCAAAAAUUACUUCUGCGCACCUGGACAGCCCACCAGCAAUCCCUCCUAGGCAACCAACCUCUAAAGUGUAUUCACCAAGGUACUCAGUGCCUGACCGGACCUGCAUCUCUGACCCCCCUGAAAGUCCUCCUGUGUUACCACCACGAGAACCUGUGCGAACUCCAGAUGUUUUCUCUAGCUCACCACUACACCUCCAACCUCCACCACUGGGGAGAAAAAGCGAACUUGGUAACACCUUUUUCCCAAACAGUCCCUCUCCGUUUACUCCCCCUCCCCCUCAGACACCUUCCCCACAUGUAGCGCGGAGGCAUCUUCCAUCACCGCCUUUGAUACAACAAGAUGUGGACCUCCAUUCUGUUGCUGGACCACCUGUUCCUCCACGACAAAGCACUUCUCAACAUAUCCCAAAGCUUCCUCCAAAAACUUACAAAAGGGAGCACACACACCCAUCGAUGCAUCGAGACGGACCGCCCUUGCUGGAGAAUGCCCACUCCUCCUGAACUGUCCCCUGCGCUGGGAGUCACAUUUUCCUGGUGCUACGUCUGUUGCUGGCAAUGGAUGCACUGAACCUGGUGGUGCCAAGGAGUUGGGAUGUGUAUGCCAAACACUAAAAACUCUCCAAUGGAUUGGAAAUGCAGUGUACAGAAAUGGAAUUGCAAAAAUGGACAUUCUAGUGAAAAACCGGUUAACUUGCUAUUCUUCUUUUAGUAUGCAGGACAUUGUUCUAAGAUAAUUGGACAACUGAUUGUACCAGAAACCAGACUUGAGGGACUUCUUUGGCCAAUGAGCAGAGACUGUGUUUGUGUAAUGAUCUAUAAUGCCCAGUACAGGAAGGAAAACAGUCUUGUAUCCAUCAGUUCCAUACAGUGGCACAGUUUUUGGAAUGAAAACAUUAUGCACUUUUUUUAAAUCUCAAACAGGGAACUUUAUAUCCUUCUUAAUUUUCCUUUGCUUUACUCCCUGCUUUAAAAUACUUUCCUAAAAUUAUGAGAAGGACUGUGAGGAAGAUCUGUGGUACCUAACCGAGUUAGAAUUAAGGCAUAGCACUGUAUUGCGGUCCUGUUUACAAGUUGUUACAAUGAGUAGUAGGGGGUACCUAGGCUUCACCAAAGAGGUACUUUAUUAUUAUUUUCUGAAAUAUUAUGGUGCCAGUUCAAAAAUAAAUUUUUGCCAGGAAGCAUAAUGUCUAAUUAUUGCUUUCUUUAGAUAGAGCAGAUGAAAGUCUUACAUCGUUGAAACAACAGCAAAUUUUUAAAAAAAGGCAGCACUAUCAUCUGAAGUAAAUAUACUACUACAUUUAGAAGACUGUUAAUCUCUGCUAGGUUAUGUCAUGUUCUUUUUAAGGUUUACUGAUAAUCCAUUUCAUGGCUAGUAGCUAUUCUUUUUCAGUCAUGCCAUGAAAAGAGUCACUUGUGAAAAGGAGCACUCACUGGCCAACUUCCAUAGCUAUUGUCAUGUUUUACUAACAAUAGAUUAAUCAGCAUACAUAGAAUUGCCUUGCAGUUGCAUAAAUCAUGUGUAUAUAGUGAAUGUUGCAUAAAUAUACUUGCAGAUUGUUUUUAAUUUAAUUGAAAUAAAGAUACAGAUAUGUUUGGCUGA